AUGUCCACUCUCCUCCAGGCCGGAGGGCUACACAAGCCAGAGGGCUUCACCAGGCCAGAGGGCUUCACCAGGCUGGAGGGCUACAUGUCCACUCUACUACAGGCCAGAGGGCUACAUGCCCACUCUACACCAGAGGGCCACAUGUCCACUCUACUCCAGAGGGCUACAUGUCCACUCUACACCAGGCCAGAGGGCUACAUGUCCCCUCUACACCUGGCCAGAAGGCUACUCCAGGCCAGAGGGCUACACAAGGCCAGAGGGCUACACCAGGCCAGAGGGCUACAUGUCCACUCUACUCCAGGCCAGAGGGCUACACAAGGCCAGCGGGCUACACUUGGCCAGCGGGCUACACCAGGCCAGAGGGCUACACCAGGCCAGAGGGCUACACCAGGCCAGAGGGCUACAUGUCCACUCUACACCAGGCCAGAGGGCUACACCAGGCCAGAGGGCUACACCGGGCCAGAGGGAGACACCGGGCCAGAGGGCUACACCGGGCCAGAGGGCUACACCGGGCCAGAGGGAGACACCGGGCCAGAGGGCUACACCGGGCCAGAGGGCUACACCGGGCCAGAGGGCUACACCGGGCCAGAGGGCUACACCGGGCCAGAGGGCUACACCAGGCCAGAGGGCUACAUGUCCACUCUACACCAGGCCAGAGGGCUACACUGGGCCAGAGGGCUACACCGGGCCAGAGGGCUACACCGGGCCAGAGGGCUACACCGGGCCAGAGGGCUACACUGGGCCAGAGGGCUACACCGGGCUACACUGGGCCAGAGGGCUACACUGGGCCAGAGGGCUACACCGGGCCAGAGACCUACACCAGGCCAGAGGGCUACACCAGGCCAGAGGGCUACAUGUCCACUCUACACCAGGCCAGAGGGCUACACUGGGCCAGAGGGCUACACUGGGCCAGAGGGCUACACCGGGCCAGAGGGCUACACCGGGCCAGAGGGCUACACUGGGCCAGAGGGCUACACUGGGCCAGAGGGCUACACCGGGACAGAGGGCUACACUGAGGGCUACAUGUCCACUCUACACCAGGCCAGAGGGCUACAUGUCCUCUCAACUCCAGAGGGCUACAUAUGGCUACAUGCCCACUCUACACCAGAGGGCCACAUGUCCACUCUACUCCAGAGGGCUACAUGUCCACUCUACACCAGGCCAGAGGGCUACAUGUCCCCUCUACACCUGGCCAGAAGGCUAUUCCAGGCCAGAGGGCUACACAAGGCCAGAGGGCUACACCAGGCCAGAGGGCUACAUGUCCACUCUACUCCAGGCCAGAGGGCUACACAAGGCCAGCGGGCUACACUUGGCCAGCGGGCUACACCAGGCCAGAGGGCUACACCAGGCCAGAGGGCUACACCAGGCCAGAGGGCUAUAUGUCCACUCUACACCAGGCCAGAGGGCUACACCAGGCCAGAGGGCUACACCGGGCCAGAGGGAGACACCGGGCCAGAGGGCUGCACCGGGCCAGAGGGCUACACCGGGCCAGAGGGAGACACCGGGCUAGAGGGCUACACCGGGCCAGAGGGCUACACCGGGCCAGAGGGCUACACCGGGCCAGAGGGCUACACCAGGCCAGAGGGCUACAUGUCCACUCUACACCAGGCCAGAGGGCUACACUGGGCCAGAGGGCUACACCGGGCCAGAGGGCUACACCGGGCCAGAGGGCUACACUGGGCCAGAGGGCUACACUGGGCCAGAGGGCUACACCGGGCUACACUGGGCCAGAGGGCUACACUGGGCCAGAGGGCUACACCGGGCCAGAGACCUACACCAGGCCAGAGGGCUACACCAGGCCAGAGGGCUACAUGUCCACUCUACACCAGGCCAGAGGGCUACACUGGGCCAGAGGGCUACACUGGGCCAGAGGGCUACACCGGGCCAGAGGGCUACACUGGGCCAGAGGGCUACACUGGGCCAGAGGGCUACACUGGGCCAGAGGGCUACACCGGGACAGAGGGCUACACUGAGGGCUACAUGUCCACUCUACACCAGGCCAGAGGGCUACAUGUCCUCUCAACUCCAGAGGGCUACAUAGGGCUACAUGUCCUCUCUACUCCAGAUGGCUACAUGCCCACUCUACACCAGAGGGCCACAUGUCCACUCUACUCCAGAGGGCUACAUGUCCACUCUACACCAGGCCAGAGGGCUACAUGUCCCCUCUACACCUGGCCAGAAGGCUAUUCCAGGCCAGAGGGCUACACAAGGCCAGAGGGCUACACCAGGCCAGAGGGCUACAUGUCCACUCUACUCCAGGCCAGAGGGCUACACAAGGCCAGCGGGCUACACUUGGCCAGCGGGCUACACCAGGCCAGAGGGCUACACCAGGCCAGAGGGCUACACCAGGCCAGAGGGCUAUAUGUCCACUCUACACCAGGCCAGAGGGCUACACCAGGCCAGAGGGCUACACCGGGCCAGAGGGAGACACCGGGCCAGAGGGCUGCACCGGGCCAGAGGGCUACACGGGCCAGAGGAGACACCGGGCUAGAGGGCUACACCGGGCCAGAGGGCUACACCGGGCCAGAGGGCUACACCGGGCCAGAGGGCACCGGGCCAGAGGGCUACAUGUCCACUCUACACCAGGCCAGAGGGCUACACUGGGCCAGAGGGCUACACCGGGCCAGAGGGCUACACCGGGCCAGAGUGCUACACUGGGCCAGAGGGCUACACUGGGCCAGAGGGCUACACCGGGCUACACUGGGCCAGAGGGCUACACUGGGCCAGAGGGCUACACCGGGCCAGAGACCUACACCAGGCCAGAGGGCUACACCAGGCCAGAGGGCUACAUGUCCACUCUACACCAGGCCAGAGGGCUACACUGGGCCAGAGGGCUACACUGGGCCAGAGGGCUACACCGGGCCAGAGGGCUACACUGGGCCAGAGGGCUACACUGGGCCAGAGGGCUACACUGGGCCAGAGGGCUACACCGGGACAGAGGGCUACACUGAGGGCUACAUGUCCACUCUACACCAGGCCAGAGGGCUACAUGUCCUCUCAACUCCAGAGGGCUACAUAUGGCUACAUGCCCACUCUACACCAGAGGGCCACAUGUCCACUCUACUCCAGAGGGCUACAUGUCCACUCUACACCAGGCCAGAGGGCUACAUGUCCCCUCUACACCUGGCCAGAAGGCUACUCCAGGCCAGAGGGCUACACAAGGCCAGAGGGCUACACCAGGCCAGAGGGCUACAUGUCCACUCUACUCCAGGCCAGAGGGCUACACAAGGCCAGCGGGCUACACUUGGCCAGCGGGCUACACCAGGCCAGAGGGCUACACCAGGCCAGAGGGCUACACCAGGCCAGAGGGCUAUAUGUCCACUCUACACCAGGCCAGAGGGCUACACCAGGCCAGAGGGCUACACCGGGCCAGAGGGAGACACCGGGCCAGAGGGCUGCACCGGGCCAGAGGGCUACACCGGGCCAGAGGGAGACACCGGGCUAGAGGGCUACACCGGGCCAGAGGGCUACACCAGGCCAGAGGGCUACAUGUCCAGGGCUACACCAGGCCAGAGGGCUACAUGUCCACUCUACACCAGGCCAGAGGGCUACACUGGGCCAGAGGGCUACACCGGGCCAGAGGGCUACACUGGGCCAGAGGGCUACACUGGGCCAGAGGGCUACACCGGGCUACACUGGGCCAGAGGGCUACACUGGGCCAGAGGGCUACACCGGGCCAGAGACCUACACCAGGCCAGAGGGCUACACCAGGCCAGAGGGCUACAUGUCCACUCUACACCAGGCCAGAGGGCUACACUGGGCCAGAGGGCUACACUGGGCCAGAGGGCUACACCGGGCCAGAGGGCUACACUGGGCCAGAGGGCUACACUGGGCCAGAGGGCUACACUGGGCCAGAGGGCUACACCGGGACAGAGGGCUACACUGAGGGCUACAUGUCCACUCUACACCAGGCCAGAGGGCUACAUGUCCUCUCAACUCCAGAGGGCUACAUGUCCGUAUUUCCAGCUUGUUGCUAUCAAAACAAAGCUAUGUAUUUGA